AUCAAAUUAGAUGACUGAAAAAAAUAUUGAUCAUUAUUCAUUUCAUACCUAAGAUGUGCUUGGUGUUGGUUCAUUUGGAACCGUAUUUUAAGGCAUUGAUCUGAAAAGCAAUAGGAUUGUAGCCCUAAAAAUGAUAGCUAAGGAUAAUUUGUUAAAUGAUCCAAAAGGUUAGAAUGGACUUAUGACUGAAAUCAAAAUUAUGAAAAAGUUAAAUCAUAAAAAUAUUGUACAACUUAUUGACGUGUUAGAGACACCAAAUAAUUUUUAUAUUAUUCAAGAAGUGUGUGAUGAUGGAGAUUUAUCCAAGUCUAUUACAUUUUAAAUCUUAGAUUCUUGAAAAAAAAUAAAUAAGUCAAUGAAAAAUAAGCUAUAAUGAUCAUUAUAGAUGUACUUCAAGGUUUUUAUGAAUUACUAAAAUAUGGAAUUAUACACAGAGAUUUAAAACCUGCAAACAUUUUAAUACAUAACAAUACUCAUAAAAUUGCUGGUCUAAUUAUUAACUAAAUAUUAUAGAUUUUGGAUUCGCUAAAAUUGUAGACAACUUCAAUCCAAAUAUAUUAUACUCUUAAGUAGGCACUCCAUUGUACAUGAGUCCUUAAAUACUAAAGAAUGAAUAAUACUCUACAAAAUGUGAUAUUUGGUCUUUAGGAUUCCUCUUCUAUGAAAUUCUUUAUGGAAUAAGUAUUGAUUUACUUAUUUUAUCUAAGCUCCUUGGAAAGCAUAAUCUAUUCCACAAUUAGUUAAGAAUAUAUAUUCUUAACCCCUCAUCUUUAAUGAUUAAAUCAAUUAAGUAUCAUAUAAUGUCAAAGAUUUCAUAACUAAAUGCUUGAUAAUUUAAGAAAGUUAAGUGAAAUAUAUAAUAUCUAGAUGAUAGAUUAAGUUGGCAUGAUGUUUUCCUUCAUCCAGUUUUUGCUGAGUAUUUCAUUUAAUCACCUAAAGUAGAGAAAUUAUUCUAAGUAUCUAUUUGAUGAAUAAUAGGAGAAAGAACUCACAAUAGCGAUGAGUAUGAGAGAAUAAUUUGGAUCCUAACAAUUCAGUAUAAGUGAACUAUUAAAAGAGUUAGCUGAAGAUGAAAAUAGAAUUCUAACUAUAGAAACAUUUAGUGAGAUAUUUUUGGAUAUAAAUGAAAAUUUGGAAGAUGAAGACAUUAGAUAUAUUUUUAAUUGUAUAGAUGAAUAAUAAAAUGGAUAAAUAACAUGCAAAGAUCUUUUAGAUUGGCUUAGUAAAUAUGAUGUAAUAAAUAACAAUAUUUAAAAGAUUGAAUUGGAAGACUCUUUUACGAGUAAUGAUUCUAUAAAUGCGCUUCCUGAUGAAAAAUAAAUGUCAUAAGAAUUUAAUUAAAAUGAUAUUGCAUAAAAUAAAUAACUAAUUUAAAUACUGUAUGAUGAAAUUAAGAAAAAUAAUUUAAAUUUAGUUGAAUUGUUUUAGAAAUUUUCAACUUCUUCAGACACAAUGAAUUAUGAGGAUUUUUAAAUUAUGAUGGUGUAAUAAUAAAUGAUAUUUAGUAGGAGUUAUGAUGCUACUUUGGGUGAAUAGGAAAUUUUUGAGGCCUUUAAAUUAUUUGCAUUUAGUAAAAAAGACACAAUAAAAUUGAAUUAAUUUAAACAUGUAUUAGAAAAGAACUUUAAAGAUGAAUAAUGUUGA